GUUUUAUCUUCAGUCGGCAGUCCAUUCUUUUCUCUACCAUCAUUCCAUAUCACCAUCGGAUCCUCUCGCGGCUUGCAGGCAGUCGGCAAAGCCUACACGCUCGUUCAUCCACACCGCCGGGCACUCGUUCGUACGUCUGUCCACCAGCGCAUACACACAGCACGUAAAGGUGUCGUUAUCCAGACAUCCAGACCUCCGCAAUAACAACAACAGCCACCAGCCAGAUAUCUGGGGUGACAAAACACAUAUUCCGGACAGACACUGUCCAGCCAUGGCGCCCUCAAUACCAACGCCCGCCACCUCAGGCUCUCUCAACAGCCACAUCCUCGCAGCCAGAGACCUCUCUGUCUCGAGCGACUCGCAGAAAGUCACCUUGGGCAUCAUUGCCGCAUAUGUGGUCGGCAUUGCGAUCCUCUGGAAUGUGCCAUAUGUUCGCUGGUCGCUAUGGCCGUUCAAGAUGCUCGUCAUCGCCUUCCAUGAGUUCAGCCACGCCUUUGCGGCAAUCCUGACCGGCGGCAAGGUCAAGUCCAUCUCGCUGGACCCGCGCGAGGGCGGCGUCACGCACAUGGUCGGAGGCAAGUCCUUCAUCACCCUGCCCGCGGGCUACCUGGGCUCCUCGCUCAUCGGGGCGCUGCUCACGUUCUGCGGCUUCAACAUUGUUGCGAGCAAGGUCGCCAGCAUCGUGCUCGCCGUCGCGUUCUUGCUCACCCUGUGGUGGGGAAAGCGCGACUGGCUGACCAUCCUGACCAUCCUGCUGGCGGUCGGCUUGCUCGUUGCGUGCUGGUUCAUUGCGCAUGCGGUGGCGCUGCGGUGGGUCGUGCUGUUCAUCGGCGUCAUGAGCUCUCUGUAUAGUGUCUGGGAUAUCUGCGACGACCUCAUUCUCCGCAAGGUUAACAGCUCUGACGCCAGCGUCUUUGCCAAACGCUAUGGCGGCUCCUCGCAGUGCUGGGGCCUCAUCUGGUCCGUCAUCUCGGUGCUCGUCAUGGUCGUCGGCAUCAUCGCUGGCCUCGCCGCCUUCCCUCAGUCGUUCGCGCAGCAGCAGCAGGACGCUGGCAAUUUCCUGCCCACGCGGUGAGGCUUGGAUUGUGCGUGAGUAAGAAUUCGUGGGGGUCCAUGAGUUGAUUUUGUCUUGCGUGGCUUGGUGUGGACGACUUUUUCGGCAAUGGUACAUCGAUAUGAUACUGAGGUGUUUAUGCUUUGGACGGAUGGUGCAAGAGGCAUCCCCUUCUUGUAUGGGGAAUGGUUUUGAGAGAUUUGGUUCCAUUUAGCCACAGAGGUGGUGGUGGUGGUGGUCAUGAUGCAGCGCGAGGAUACCCCCCGGACGGACCAAUAGUGUUGUCUGACAUAAGUUUAUUUCUUUCUUCAACAAUCAAAGUAUUGUUAUGGACAAGGUUAAAAACCUCCCGAGCUUGACGGGCUGCGUUGUAUGGUGACAAAGAUGACGAUCAGGAGGGUAGCACCAUCGCACGAUUGCAUAGUGGGCGUGUCAACUGCACA